GUGCCAGCAGCCAGCGGUGCCCCACGCCAUCCCCUCCCACCUCCCCCGGGAUGCCCUGCGACAGCUGCAGCAUCGCCCCGCUGACGCCCUCCCAGUCACCGAGGACUGAGGCUCGCUCCCACCAAACUGCCUCCUUUGCUGUGGUAGUGGCCAUCGACUUCGGCACCACAUCCAGUGGCUAUGCCUUCAGCUUCUCCAGCGACCCCGAGGCCAUCCAUAUGAUGAGGAAAUGGGAAGGGGGGGACCCAGGGGUGGCCAACCAGAAGACCCCCACCAGCCUCCUGCUGACUCCGGAGGGAGCCUUCCACAGCUUUGGCUACACGGCCAGGGACUACUACCAUGACCUGGACCCCGAGGAAGCCCGUGACUGGCUCUACUUUGAGAAGUUUAAGAUGAAGAUUCACAGCACCAGCGAUCUCACCAUGAAAACGGAGCUAGAAGCCAUCAACGGGAAGAAGAUGGCAGCAUUGCAGGUGUUCGCCCAUGCACUCCACUUCUUUAAGCAGCAUGCCGUGCAGGAGCUGCAGGACCAGUGCCCGUCCCUGCCCGAGCACGAUGCCAUCCGCUGGGUCAUCACUGUGCCCGCCAUCUGGAAGCAACCAGCCAAGCAGUUCAUGCGGGAGGCUGCCUACAAGGCCGGUCUGGUGUCCCCAGAGAACCCAGAGCAGCUGCUGAUCGCACUGGAGCCCGAAGCCGCUUCCAUUUACUGCAGGAAACUUCG